CGCACAGUAACCGCCUGUUCUCUUUUAUAAGGAAUACCGCUUACGGAGAUCGAAAACAGUUAUUCUUUUUUCGCUGAAACUGUCUUUGAGAUAUGUUCGGAAUUAUUAUCAUGAUUCGUGUGGAUUGCAGUUUUACUAAAAGGACACAGGAUUAUUCCUGCAAAGCAAUGAGGCGGCAAGUACUGUUGUUCUUCUUCUUGGUUUUCUCUCUCACCUCGGUGUUCGGGCAGGUCAGCUACUCCAUUCCUGAGGAAAUGGAGAAAGGGUCUUUAGUGUGUAAUGUGGCUCAGGAUUUAGGUUUAGACAUUAAAAGGCUGAAAUCCGGCAGAGCGCGCGUUCAUUCUGGAGAUAGUGCCGAAUAUAUUGAGCUGAAUAGAGACCGUGGUGUCCUUCUUAUAAAAGAAAGGAUAGACAGAGAAACGCUGUGUGGCGACACGACGCCCUGUGCUUUACUUUUACAGAUGAUUCUGGAAAAUCCGAUGGAACUGUUUCGAAUAACAAUAGAAAUCACAGAUAUUAAUGACAAUGCUCCCAGCUUUGCAUCGAGCGAAAAGCGCUUCGAAAUCAGCGAGUCAACCAUCAUUGGGUCUAAAUUUGUGCUGGAGAAAGCCAUCGAUGCUGACAUCGGUACAAAUGGUCUCCAGAGCUAUUCGCUUAAUCCAACAAACAACUUUGCGCUGAAAUUAGAGAACCAAGCGGAUGGGAGUAAGAAGGUGGAAAUGAUUCUACAGAAGCCUCUAGAUCGAGAGCAAGAACAACAUAUAUUGUUAUUAUUAACUGCUCUGGAUGGCGGGCAGCCGCGUAUGUCAGGUACAAUGCAGAUCACUGUUAACGUGUUGGAUGCAAACGACAAUGCACCAAUUUUCACUAAGCCAGUAUAUAAAGCAACAAUAACCGAGAAUUCACCGGCUGGAACCAGCGUUAUAAUUGUUAGAGCAUCUGACAAAGAUGGAGGCUCUAACGGAGAAAUAUCAUACGCAAUUUCAAACAGCAAACGUCGUUUGUCCGAUUUAUUUCAGAUUGAUAGAAAAACUGGAGAGGUUAUCGUGAUCGGUCAAAUAGACUAUGAAAAAACGAAGCUCUUCCAAAUAGAUAUAGAAGCUACGGACAAUGGUGGGCUCUCUGAUUCCAGUAAGAUUCUCUUAGAUGUUACUGAUGUCAAUGACAACAGCCCUCAGCUGAAAAUACUCUCUAAGUCAGAUGCCAUUUUAGAAGACUCGCCUGAGAGUACUGUAAUUGCAAUGCUAAGCGUAAAUGACCCUGACUCUGACAGGAAUGGAGAGGUGAAGUGUAAUAUUAAUGAUAAUGCUCCUUUUAAAAUACUGAACACCAUGAAUGGCUUUUACAAUUUGCUGACAGAGGUUGCUUUAGACAGAGAAGUUGCGUCUCAUUAUAAUAUCACUAUGACCUGCGCUGAUGAGGGAGUGCCCUCUCUUUCCACCAGCGUCACUCUCACCUUACAGAUCUCAGACGUUAAUGAUAACGCACCCGUCUUUGAGAGGAGCUCGUAUGAGGCCUAUAUUGUAGAAAACAACACGCCAGGUCUCUCUAUAUUCACAGUCAAAGCCACAGACGAUGACUGGAAUCAGAAUGCCCGUGUUUCUUACAUACUGGAGGACUCCUCCGUUAACGGAGUGCCAGUCUCCUCGUAUGUGUCCGUUAGUGCUGAUAGUGGAGUCAUCCAUGCAGUGCGCUCUUUUGACUACGAGCAGAUCAAAGAUUUCCACUUCCGCAUAAAAGCGCAGGAUGGAGGCUCUCCUCCACUCAGCAGCAACGUGACCGUGAAAAUAAUGAUCCAGGACCAGAACGAUAACCCUCCUCAGGUUCUGUACCCAGUCCAGACUGGUGGCUCUCUGGUGGCUGAAAUGGUGCCUCGUUCAGCAGAUGUGGGCUAUCUGGUGACUAAAGUGGUGGCUGUUGAUGUGGACUCUGGACAAAAUGCCUGGCUCUCCUAUAAACUGCAGAAAGCCACAGACAGGGCGCUGUUUGAAGUGGGCUUACAGAAUGGAGAAAUCAGAACUAUCCGCCAAGUCACUGAUAAAGAUGCUGUCAAACAAAGACUGACUGUUAUAGUGGAGGACAACGGGCAGCCCUCUCGUUCAGCUACAGUCAUUGUUAACGUGGCGGUGGCGGACAGCUUCCCUGAAGUGCUGUCGGAGUUCACUGAGUUGACACACGACAAGGAGUACAAUGACAACCUGACUUUUUACUUAGUCUUGGCUCUGGCUGUAGUUUCCUUCCUCUUCAUCACGUGUUUAGUGGUUAUUAUAUCAGUCAAAAUCUACAGGUGGAGACAGUCUCGCAUCCUGUAUCACUCCAACCUGCCUGUCAUUCCAUAUUAUCCACCACGUUACUCAGACACUUUGGGGACAGGGACUCUCCCACAUGUGUACAAUUACGAGGUGUGCAGGACGACUGACUCCAGAAAGAGUGACUGUAAGUUCGGCAGAGCUGGUAGUCAGAACGUGCUGAUAAUGGACCCCAGUUCUACAGGAACGAUGCAGCGGAUACAGAGUGAAAAGAGCAUCCUGGAUGAACCAGACUCUCCUCUAGAGUCAACAUCCCGGCAUAUUGCGAAGCACACUCAGACAUAG